AUGACCCUCCUCGGCGCCACGAUGACCCUCCUCGACGCCACGAUGACCCUCCUCGGCGCCACGAUGACCCUCCUCGACGCCACGAUGACCCCCCUCGACGUUACGACGACCCCCCUCGACGUUACGACGACCUCCCUCGGCGCAGCCCCGAGCGCUUGGAUCGAAGGGACGUGCGGCACGGUCGCAGCAGCGACCGGCGAGCCCCAAGCGACCGGCCGCCAUCGAGUCGCUACGUUGUUUUGCAUGACUAACUAA